CAACAGUCUGCAAUCCAUCAGAGUAUCGGAAUCUGCCGUUUUUGAAGGGCAAAACCCUUCCGACGCGGAUGUUGUGUUGCUCUAACUUCAGUGGUGUAGCCGUCGCUGCCCGCUGCAUUGUUGAUUUUCUGCAGCUUUCCCGUGUUUGAAGCUGCUCUUCUGCAUCGUCAUCUUUGUGCGAUAACUGUUUACCCGCCAGAAAGUAGUGUCGUACGGAAGAACGAUAGUGAGUUUUUCAUUUGAUCUCUUCUCCGUUGCUACAACCGCCGGUAAACAGUGCUGCAGAAAACCAUGGGAAAAGGAGACAAGAAAAAAUCUGAUGGUGGAUCGUCAAAUCUGGUGGGAAAAUUCACGCAGAGCGUACGUAGGAUAGUUCAGGACGUGAAAGACGAAGGCACAGCGACCGGAGCGACGAAAGAGGAGGUGAUCGAGAUCAACGAGAGAUUGAGGGCAGUCAGGGUGAGGAUGGAUGAAUCGUACGAUACUGCGAAAAAGGCACUUGUCGGUCUUAUGGGGAAAUAUAACCAGAGCAAGACCUUGCACAACGUUUUCCAGAGGUACAACAUGCUCAAGGCUAUGAUUAAGGAAGUCAUUCGGUUAGAAACGCAAUACUGGACCUUAGUAGAUAUUCCAAAGCAGGAAAAGCAAGAAACCGUACCAGCAUUUGUGAUGAGAGCCUGUACCAUAUUAGAAAAAACUCAGAAAUCAGGGGAAAGCGUCAAAACUUCUGCAAAAUUGGCAGAGGAAGCACAGGAUAAGAGAGAGAGAAUCGAAAGAUUAGAAAAUAUGACUACCUCACAAAUAGAUGCUGAAAAUACGCAGAUGACGAACGAUCUCUAUAGAUUACUGAAAAAAUACUCCGGCUUAAGGAACCUCAUAAGACAAUUAAAGACGGAAUACACAAAUGCGAAGAUUUACCCGAUGGUUGUACGAUAUUCGAUGCUGAAGGACAUGAUCAAGGACAUUAUGUUGCAUCCCGACUACAUGGAAGUUUGCCACGAGGUGGACGCAUAGCCAAAGUCAUUUUCCUAGGUGUUACCAAGAAGACAAAGCGUCAGAUUCUGAGGCGUUGUCUUCUCAGCCUAGGAAAAAAAAUUGGUGCCAAGGAAGGCUAGACUUGGAAUUGCGAGCAUUUGGAAGGAGAAGCUCUGGAACAUUGGAAUCAGUUGUGUCGUAUUUGGAUGCAUGUUUGGUAUUCGAUUGAAAGUUGGAAGAAGAGGAGUAUUUUUCGUGGGAUGAAAUACAGAUUUCGCUGUUAUUGCCAGUACGGUCACUUUUAUUGUUAUACAUAUUCAUGUGAAAAACAGAACAUAUCAGUUUAAGAAACAAGAUUCACAUUAUAAGGUUGUGCAGCACCAUUUUCUCUUCUUAUUGCUUACGGAAAAAAAAAUCAAAAACGGACCCAAAAUAUUUCAAAUAUAUAAUAUUAUUUAUACAUUCGUACUUACAAGAACCAUAAACUUGGUCGCUACAGGGUGCUAAAGUAUGUAUAUUUUUACUUAUAAAUUCGAAAACUAAGUAAUUAGACUAAGCGUAAAAUAUUUAUCUACUCACUCAUACACGGCGUCCACAAGUCUAUAAUAACGAAUUGUUUUACAACAAAUUUGGAACUACACAUUACGUCUCUCUUAAGGAAAAUAGUGUUCAGAUAUUCUCGAGUUUAAUAACCAGUCAACCUUGACACUAAAUAGACAGAAUUAAUAAUAUUUUUGGUAAUAUUACAAACACGUUAUUUUAACUUGUGGUAGCCGCAUAAGUGUUUCGAUGAUUUUAAAAUAUUUAUAUCAAUUUUGGUUCAAAUUUCUGUAAAAUAGUGUAACGUUCAAAUUUCAAAUAUUCUGAAACAUGGACGAAAAGAGAACGACGGCGAGCGUAGUCAUCAGGUAGAUUUCAUUUUAGUAUUCAAGCAACAGAUAUACACAGGUAAGAAAAACUUAUGUGAAUAUAUAUUAUUGAAUCAAAUCAUAACUACCACUCGCAAAAUAGAUAGACAUUUUUGGCUAUGGUGUGUUGAAUGUAGACGUAUCAAUGAGUGUUAGUAUAGUAGCCGCAAUCGCACAAACUUGACUGAAGUGUAUGAUGACAUAUUGUAAAUGAGGUACACUUUAUUUUAAAUUAAAACCUAGUUUAACAUUGAUGUUAAUUGAAUUAAGAUGUUAUCUGUAUUUGGAUGUAAUUACAUUCAAUAUCACGAAUGAUUUAUGGUAAUUUGUUGUGAUGUACCGAUUUGUACUCGGUCAGUUUUAAGUAUUUUAAUGACUCGGUCUGAACACAACACUCGGUUUUUCGAAGUGCAUCGCUAAUAAUUUGAGUUACGUUCAUCUGAGCUAUUUAUGAAAUUGUUCAACUUCCUUAUACCUUCAUAUCAUUUGAAAACUUAUUUAUCAUUUUAUGAGCAUCGAAAUAUGUAAAAGGUCCGGUAGUCAUAGAUAUACUAUAGUAGCAGGUAGAUCAAAAAAAACUACGAAAGCAUCUAGAUAUGCAGAUGCGUCAAAAAGAAAUUAUAAAAAAUUGUACGUUCCAUUGUUCUUUAUAACCCGACACAGUUCUUACAGAAAUUUGUGUCCAAAGUUGAAUACGUAAAAUAAGUGUUGUGAAUUUUGCAAGUUUUACGAAGAGGUGCAUUAUCGGGAAAAUUUGUCAUCAUAGUGUGGGCUACGCUUUACGUGUCAUAAAUAGCUCUUAAAAGUUAAAAAGGGCUUAAAAGAUACACUGCCAUAUAUGUAUUAUUGACUAAGUUUUAAAGUCAUGGUAUAUAGAUACACAAAUAAGUUGGAAUAUUGUAACAAAAACACCGGUUUUACUGUUUAAAGUCCAAUUCAUUACUCGCAACUAAUUUAUAUCAAAUAACUUUUUAAGUUUACAGUUUUUACGUUUUUGCUUCAUUAUGAAAUCUCGGCUAACAUUGAGUCUUCAAUCCAUGUUUUCAAAUAUAAAUGAUCAAGUUCAAUAUCAAUUCCUACAGUUAACUUGAAAGAAAACUGUCAGUCGAACAAUAAUCGUUGUGUAUCAAUGAAUCAUGACUUCAUUGUUUUGUAAAUCAUAUUGUAUAUUGGAAUUAAACUAUAAUAAAUGUU